AUGCUUCGGCAGCAUUUAGAUCCGGCCAAAUUUCAAUUGGUUGAGACUGUACUCGAUCGCGGUCUGAACGAACGAGUCAUGUCGACCGGGGAACGUAUUUGGUCUUUGCUUGAACGUGUCAAACGUGAGUCUGUGCGUGCGCUUCGACUCACUCGGUUUUACGUGCAACCUUUGGAAGAUUUGAAUGGACCAGGGGUUGCUCUGUUUGUGGGCAAUUUGAAAAAAGGUCUCAGUCAGAGACUGUACGAGCGUAUUCUGUUGGAACGUCUCGGUCCGGAGAACCGCUGGGAUUUUAUCGAGGUGAUCUAUUAUGAUUUCGGCAGUUUGGUCAUCGUGUAUCUGAACCCGGAACGAGCGGAUGAAGCAUAUCAUGUCUUAAAGCAGAGUACGUUUGAAGAUCGCCCCAUUCUAGCCAUGAUUCUUCCUCGAUUACAACCAGCCAAUCUGCCAAACGGUGUCCAACCCUUACUGGUUUUGGUCAAUGUCAAAUNGUCAAUAUCCUAUUCAAUCGGGAUCGAACUGAUCACAUCGUUCCGUAAAUUGCUCAAUCCGCACCAAGUGUUCAAUUUGGACUACGGCGGUCCAUUACCAGGGCUGCACUGUUUUCGACACUUAAAGCGUUUCAAAAUUCUUGUUUGCGGUGGUGACGGAACCGUGGGUUGGGCUCUGUCGUGUCUGGACAACGUCGGUCAAGAUGCCGCAUGCCCAACUCCUCCGAUGGCAAUCUUGCCGUUGGGUACAGGAAAUGAUUUGGCUAGGGUGCUACGCUGGGGUUCCGGUUACACUGGUGGCGAGGAACCUUUGUCAAUACUUAGAGAUGUGGUCGAGGCGGAAAAGAUUCGUUUGGACCGCUGGACCGUGGUCAUCAAACCGGACGAAGCGGAAAAGGACGCCCAAAAGAAGCAGUUGCAAAUCCAGGCAAAUGCGGCCAACACGAACGAGGAUACCAGCCGAAUUUUUGUGAUGAACAACUAUUUCGGUCUGGGAAUUGAUGCGGAUUUGAAUUUGGAUUUUCACAUGGCACGGGAAGAGAAUCCGGCGAAAUUUAACAGCCGAAUUCACAACAAAAGUGUUUAUUUGAAAAUGGGUCUACGCAAAAUGGUGAAUCGGACAAAAUGCAAAGAUUUACACCAGAACGUGUCAAUUGAAGUGGACGGGAAACAGUUGGAUUUGCCUCCUCUGGAAGGAAUAAUUAUAUUGAAUAUACUUUCCUGGGGUGCCGGUGCUAAUCCAUGGGGUGUGGAAAAGGACGACGCAUUCUCUGUGCCCACACACUAUGAUGGUCAACUGGAAGUGGUCGGUGUGACCGGGGUGGUCCAUAUGGGUCAGAUAUUUUCCGGUUUACGUACCGGGACUCGACUGGCUCAAGGCGGUCAUGCCACUAUGCUUAAGAAACGAAAACGACGAAAGGUUAAUCGUCGUCACACCGAGCCAGGUUUGGGUGCUCCAAGCAGUCCAGACGGGAACAGUGCAGACAGUUUGGGCAAUGCGAGUGAUUCUAUGGAAUCAAUUGAACAAGCCAGUAGUAGCAUUUUUGGAGCCAGUGGACCAACACCGAGACAAGACCCAGAUGAUUCACCCUUGGGUUAUGCUGGACAUAUGGCAAUCCUCCGGCAGACUGAAGGGGAUAUGGCUGACCUAUCUAUCGGAAGGCGUACGAAUGGCCCGGCACAAAAUGUCCUUCAACCGACCACUUCGACCAGCUCCCAAUUUGCAGAAAUUCCUUCAACCACCCGACGUACUCUAAAAGCUCCACUAGUACCUGUACCUUCUGAUCCCUCCUGUGGCGGUUAUCCCCAUCGAUCACAUGUUACAGUCAAUCCUGACUCUCCGUUACGCAUUGGAGAUAAGACAUUUAGCAGCGAUCCACAGAUUGAUCGGCCACAUCCUCCAGGUUGGCCAACCGGACAACCUCGCGGACCGUCUCCUCGCCAUGUGACCCCGUUAGAAGCUGUACAAGGCGAAUCACUUUCCAGUUUCAGCGAUCCGGGUUGCCCGUUUGACAAAGGCCCAGAUAUCACUUGA